CCUCAGCCCGGGCCUCCGCGCGCCCGGAAGGAAGCUGCUGCGGAGGAGGGGGCUGCGGGGGUGCCCCGAGCGCGCCUCACCUGCAGGAGGGCGCGGCCCGGGCUUUGAUUCUCCGAGAGCGGGCCUGCAGGGGAGGGCGCGCAUUCUGCCGUCCUUCCUGCCCGCCGCCCGGUGCUGGAGCGCAGGGCCACCGGGCCCCCUCCAACUCUCGCCCCGCGCUCCUUCUCACCCUCUCCUUCCCCGCGCGGUCCCCGGCCUGGAGCCCGGCGCUUCGCCCACACCCCCAAGUCCCGGACGCACUCGCGGAGAGGGCGGUGACUGAGGGGAGGGAGGGGCGCCGCCCGCCUCCAGGGGCCUGGAGCGCGCGUGGCCCCAGAGCCGCCCGCGCCGCGCGGGGACUCACAGAGCAGCGCGCCGCGCCCGGACUCGGCUGGCUCCGCUCGGCGCGCGGGCGGCGGAGGAUGCUGGCGGGCUUCCUCGGCCUCAGCCCGCGCUCCCGCCCGGGAGGGCCCCGCGUGCGCCCCUAGCAGCGCCGCCGCCGCGACCGCAGCGGGGACAAGAGGAAGGGGUCCGUUCGGGCCGUGCACGCCGGCUCCGGCCCGCGAGCCUCAACCCUAGAGGCGGGCGACCCGAAUUCUCCAGUUCCCGUAGCCGCCGCCUCUUCCUCCCUCCUGCGGCCAGGAGCCUGUGGAUGCCAAGAGGCAGCCCCGAGCCUCUCCCGGCGGGAUUCAGGGCCUGACCGCGGGGCAGUCGCGCUGUGGCCGGGGGCCGUGGGGCUGGCGGGGCGGCGCGGCUGCGCGGGGAGCAGCCCCCGGGCGCGCUGAGCCUUCUGCCCCGCCCGCUGCACGCGUGACCCGGCCCCGCAGCCUCGCGGGGACCGGCCCGGGCCACGCGGCUCCCGAGUUCCCGCACAGUUCCAGAUGAUCGGCGCUUCCUGUGCCCUGGAGACCCGUCCUGCGUCCCCGCCCGCGGUGGCCGGCACUGAGCCUUCCCCAGGUCUCGGAGAGCCCUGCUAGGUGGCGGCCCAUCCCGGAGCCCUUCUUCUGUCCCCGGUGCCCUUCUCCAGGGCCAGGAGCAGCAGACGCCAGCAAGGAUGCCGAGGAAUCAGGGCUUCUCCGACCCGGAGUACUCGGCCGAGUACUCCGCGGAGUACUCGGUCAGCCUGCCCUCCGACCCGGGCCGCGGGAUGGGCCGGAGCCACGAAAUCUCCGUGCGGAACUCGGGGCCCUGCCUCUGCCUGCCUCGCUUCAUGCGGCUGACCUUCGUGCCCGAGUCCUUGGAGAACCUGUACCAGACCUACUUCAAGAGGCAGCGCCACGAGACCCUGCUGGUGCUGGUGGUCUUCGCAGCCCUCUUCGACUGCUACGUGGUGGUCGUGUGCGCCGCGGUCUUCUCCGCGGACAAGCUGGCUCCCCUCGUGGUGGCCGGGGUAGGGCUGGCGUUGGACAUCGUCCUCUUCGUGCUCUGCAAAAAGGGGCUGCUGCCCGACCGGGUCACCCGGAAGGUGGUGCCCUACCUGCUGUGGCUGCUGAUCACAGCGCAGGUCUUCUCCUAUCUGGGCCUGAACUUCACCGGCGCCCACGCGGCCAGCGACACGGCGGGCUGGCAGGCCUUCUUCGUCUUCUCCUUCUUCAUCACGCUGCCCCUCAGCCUCAGCCCCAUCGUGGCCAUCUCUGUGGCCUCCUGUGUUAUGCACACCCUGGUUCUGGGCGUCACUGUGGCCCAGCAGCAGCAGGACGAGCUGAAGGGGAUGCAACUGCUGAGGGAGAUCCUGGCCAACGUCUUCCUUUACCUGUGCGCCAUCAUCGUGGGCAUCAUGUCCUACUACAUGGCAGACCGCAAGCACCGCAAGGCCUUCCUGGAGGCCCACCAGUCGCUGGAGGUGAAGAUGAACCUGGAGGAGCAGAGCCAGCAGCAGGAGAACCUUAUGCUGUCCAUCCUGCCCAAGCACGUGGCCGACGAGAUGCUGAAAGACAUGAAGAAGGACGAGAGCCAGAAGGACCAGCAGCAGUUCAACACCAUGUACAUGUACCGCCACGAGAACGUCAGCAUCCUCUUCGCAGACAUCGUGGGCUUCACCCAGCUGUCCUCGACCUGCAGCGCCCAGGAGCUCGUGAAGCUGCUCAACGAGCUCUUCGCCCGCUUCGACAAGCUGGCGGCUAAAUACCACCAGCUGCGGAUUAAGAUCCUGGGCGACUGUUACUACUGCAUCUGCGGCCUGCCCGACUACCGGGAGGACCACGCCGUCUGCUCCAUCCUCAUGGGGCUCGCCAUGGUGGAAGCCAUCUCGUAUGUGCGGGAGAAGACGAAGACCGGGGUGGACAUGCGUGUGGGGGUGCACACAGGCACUGUGCUGGGGGGCGUCCUGGGCCAGAAGCGUUGGCAGUAUGACGUAUGGUCUACCGACGUCACCGUGGCCAACAAGAUGGAGGCUGGUGGUGUCCCCGGGCGCGUGCACAUCUCCCAGAGCACCAUGGACUGCCUGCGGGGGGAGUUUGACGUGGAGCCCGGUGACGGAGGCAGCCGCUGCGACUACCUGGAGGAGAAGGGCAUCGAGACCUACCUCAUCAUUGCGUCCAAGCCAGAGGUGAAGAAAACCACCACCCAAAAUGGCCUCAACGGCUCGGCCCUGCCAAAUGGAGCGCCACCCUCCUCAAAGCCCAGCUCCCCUGCCCUCAUCGAGACCAAGGAGCCCAAUGGGAGUGCCCAUGCCAGCGGCUCCACGUCAGAGGAGGCUGAGGAGCAAGAUGCCCAGGCCAACAACCCCUCGUUCCCCAACCCUCGCCGGAGGCUGCGCCUUCAGGACUUGGCCGAUCGAGUGGUGGACGCCUCCGAGGACGAGCACGAGCUCAACCAGCUACUGAACGAGGCCCUGCUGGAGCGGGAGUCUGCCCAGGUAGUGAAGAAGAGAAACACCUUCCUCCUCUCCAUGCGGUUCAUGGACCCCGAGAUGGAGACCCGCUACUCGGUGGAGAAGGAAAAGCAGAGUGGGGCUGCCUUCAGCUGCUCCUGUGUGGUCCUGCUCUGCACGGCCCUGGUGGAGAUACUCAUUGAUCCCUGGCUAAUGACAAACUAUGUGACCUUUGUCGUGGGGGAGGUUCUGCUUCUGGUCUUGACGAUCUGCUCCCUGGCUGCCAUCUUUCCCCAGUCCUUCCCUAAGAAGCUCGUGGCCUUCUCGACUUGGAUCGACCGGACGCGCUGGGCCAGGAACACCUGGGCCAUGCUGGCCAUCUUCAUUCUGGUUAUGGCCAAUGCCGUGGACAUGCUGAGCUGCCUCCAGUCCUACACGGGACCCAACAACGGCACUGCAGGGAUGGAGACGGAGGAUGGCUGCACGGAGAACCCCAAGUAUUACAACUAUGUUGCCGUGCUGUCCCUCAUCGCCACCAUCAUGCUAGUGCAGGUCAGCCACAUGGUCAAGCUCACACUCAUGCUGCUCAUCACGGGCGCCGUGGCCGUCAUCAACAUCUAUGCCUGGCGCCCCAUCUUUGACGAAUACGACCGCAGGCGUUUCCAGGAACACGACUUUCCCGUGGCCGCUUCAGAGAAGAUGCAGAUCCUCUCCUCCCCGGGGUUCAACGACACCGACAGGCUGUCCCUGGUGCCUUCUAAGUACUCGAUGACGGCCAUGAUCUUCGUCAUGAUGCUGAGCUUCUACUAUUUCUCCCGCCACGUGGAAAAGCUGGCGCGGACCCUGUUCUUGUGGAAGAUUGAGGUCCAUGACCAGAAGGAACGUGUCUAUGAGAUGCGGCGCUGGAACGAGGCCUUGGUUACCAACAUGUUGCCUGAACACGUGGCGCGCCAUUUCCUGGGGUCCAAGAAGCGAGAUGAGGAGCUGUACAGCCAGUCUUACGAUGAGAUUGGAGUCAUGUUCGCCUCCCUGCCCAACUUUGCUGACUUCUACACAGAGGAGAGCAUCAAUAAUGGCGGCAUUGAGUGUCUGCGCUUCCUCAAUGAGAUCAUCUCGGAUUUUGACUCUCUUCUAGACAAUCCCAAAUUCCGGAUCAUCACCAAGAUUAAAACCAUCGGCAGUACCUAUAUGGCAGCUUCAGGAGUCACCCCAGAUGUCAACACCAACGGCUUCACCAGCUCCAACAAGGAGGAGAAGUCAGACAAGGAGCGCUGGCAGCACCUGGCUGACCUGGCUGACUUUGCACUGGCCAUGAAGGACACACUCACCAACAUCAACAACCAGUCCUUCAACAACUUCAUGCUGCGCAUAGGCAUGAACAAAGGAGGGGUCCUGGCUGGAGUCAUUGGAGCCCGGAAACCACACUAUGACAUCUGGGGCAACACAGUCAACGUAGCCAGCAGGAUGGAGUCCACAGGGGUCAUGGGCAACAUUCAGGUGGUGGAAGAAACACAAGCCAUCCUUCGAGAGUACGGCUUCCGCUUUGUGAGGCGAGGGCCCAUCUUUGUGAAGGGGAAGGGGGAGCUGCUCACCUUCUUCUUGAAGGGGCGCGACAAGGCAGCCGCGCUCCCGAACGGCUCCUCUGUGACUCUCCCCCACCAGGUGGUGGACAACCCCUGAACAGCACCUUGCCCCACAGUGGUCCAAAUGGGAAGGGAAUGUAUGUUUUGGAAUCAAGGGCCUUGGAGAAGGACAAACUACCAAGUCCCAACAUUCCCAAACUGUUGACAUGCACACUCAUGUAGACAUUAGAUUUAAAAUGUCCUCCAGCCUUUUGCUCAGGACCCGCGGGCUCUGAGGGCAGCCACACCACCCUCGGCGAGUCUUCGGCCUCCCGAGAGCACGAGGGUCUCAGGCGCAGUGCCGGUGCGAGGAUUCCAGGGCCCUGGUUCUGACCAGCCCUCCUUUCCCACCGAGGCCAUGGCCACUGUGAGCAGCAGAGUACCAGAGUGGGCCAACUUGCCUUUGCCGCUGGGGGCGUGGACGGGGAGGCUCAGCUUAAGAUGAGGGCUUGGCAGGUGGGACUGCUGCGCUGGCGAACGUCAGCUGCCAGUUGUAACUUGAAAGCAGUGCUUUUUAUUCUGAAGUGAGCGCAGGCUGGAGACCAGCUUGUCUCCAGAUGGUCCAGGUGAGGUGACAGGGUCCGUGUUCCGACAAUCUUGAAGGGGCCUGGAACCCCUGUCACCUUAGUCACAAGAGCAGAAAGUGCAAUACUUCCUUUUACCUGGCGGGAGGGAGGGAAAGGGAAUUUAUUUGAGAGAAAAACAUAUCAACAGAUCUUCUACAUUUAUAUUUGUAACUUUCUGUUAAAACACUUUCCAAUACUGCCUUGCCUUUGAGCUCUUGCUGCAUUUGCCUUUGCUACCGCUUAAAAGAGAAUUUACAGGUAUUGAUAAAGACCAAGACUUUUAUUAAAAGCUUUCUUCAACUUGAA